UAGAUCAUUUAGACUUUUUGGAAAUAAACAUCCUUGAUUGUUAGCAGCAUUAAAUCGGUCUACACAGCUGACAUGGACAUUUUGAAAUUUUGUUUCUCUUUCUUCUUUCUCCUACACAGUUCAACAGUCGGAGAGGACACAGAUAGUGAAGCCCAGUGCCAAACGGCCCUGACAGACUGGCUGCUGAGGUACGGCAAGGAGACCUACUAUGACAGGCUUUCACGUGCCUUGCAUCACAUCGGCAGAACAGACAUCGCCACUGAAGUGGGGAAGAACAUCAACCAGGACAAAGCCCUGAGCCUGAAGCGCUAUGUUGAAGAUUAUCACAAAUAUGUCAACUCUUUAAACUUUGUUUCAGACACAAAACACCAAAAGCGCGGACACCAGAGGGUCAGAAAAAGAACGGUUAGCGAUCUGACAUGGCGUGACCUGGAUCUGAUUGUGGAGCAGGUUCGCGUCCCUCCGUACCAGAAGGGGCCUUUGGAGGUAGCUAUGCCAGUAUUGUACGGUCUUCUGUUGGGCUUCGGGGGCACCUUGCUCAUAGGCACAGCUUUACUCCUCGUCAUUGUCCACAUUUCUCAUGGAAGGCUUCAGAACUGUCACUCCAGAGCCACCAGCAGUUCCAGCAGUAAAGCCAUGUAGUUUGGGGAGCUUCUGGAAUGUCAGAUGUAAACAUUCCAAUUAUCAAAAAUGAAAUAAGUGCACAAAAAUAAAAGCUGAACAUAUUUUGUCUUCUUUGGUUUUGCUGUUCUGGUAAGUCCUGCAGAGAAAUAUGCCUGAAACAUUCAAUCAUCACCAGAACCAAUGCAGGACCUAAAUAUCGAUUCUAAAUCACUACUGCUAAUUAUGAUAAAUGUGACAAGCAUAAUGUAGUUUGAGAUCAAAUAAUUAUCCUUGUGUGUAUUGCUAGACUGGUAAGUGUUAUUGUCUUGCCAGUGGGUAGAUGACUGGUACUGUGACAGAUGCGCUGGAACCCAGCCCUUACACCAAAGGUUGUUCCGGUGUUACUGUGAUAGUGAUGCCACCUUCCAUUUCCCCUCCAAGUGACGGCAACGUGCCCGUCUGGCAUCGAAGAACAACUAAUUAUCCAGCCUGGCGCCUGCUUCCCCGGAGCCUGCCGAUACCUCCACAGGCAAUCCAAAAGACUAAUAACAAUGACAAUGCUAGCAGACAAUGGAGCACUCUUAGUUGUGAUGGCAGCUUCCAGCGGGUGACAAAGCCAAACAGAAAACACAGGGCUAUAUUUUUUGAAAGUGUAAAGUGGGAAGGACUCUUAGCAAGCUGAAAUAACUUGAUAUUUGAGAUGCAGUAA